AUGACUGCACUCAACAAGGAAGGGAAGGACCAAGUCAUUUUUGUUACCAAGGAGAAACAUGAGAUCCCUAGCACCGUAAAGCUCAUUAAAGAGGAUGCGAAUGAGGACCAUGAAGAAAAAGAAGAAGUGAAGGGCUCAGACUGCCUGGAACAGUUUAUGAGCAUGCAGGAGUGUCUCCGUCAACACCCUGAACUUUAUCCUGAUGAGAAGGACCCUGAUCCUCAUACUGCAAACCCUGAGCCAAACUCACAGCAGAAAGACUCUGCCUCCAUAUCUGACUUCACUCCAACCAAAGAGUCUGACACAAUACCAACUGAGACUGAUGUGAUGCCUUCACAGUUGCCCAUAGCUAGUUAA